AUGGCCGCAAGUCCCCCUUCCCCACCUCGUCCAAAAAGUGCAAUCCCACCGUCGGUGCCCAAGCAAGCGGACGAGAGGGCACCUUUGUUGGGAGCGAGUCAAGAGCCAGGAGCCUCCUACGACUCUAACUCUGGUCAUGACGAAACGAAUGGAUCUUCGAGGCAUUACAACCUCGCAGGCCUGUCUCAGAGGAGCUUCUGGAUCCUAAUAUGCUCCAUGCUCACCUCGGUCUUUCUGGCAGCAUUUGACGGAACGAUAGUGUCAACUCUACUAGGUCCAAUUUCCUCUUCUUUCAAAGCUACCAAUCUGGCAUCAUGGCUUGGAACAUCCUAUCUACUAUCCGUAUGCUGCUUUACACCCAUAUACGGACGUUUGUGCAAUAUCAUUGGUAGACAAGCUUCCAUGCUUCUUGCUUUAGGUCUUUUUAGUAUUGGAAAUAUCGGUUGCGGGUUUGCACCAAAUAUGGGCGCUCUUAUAACUGCACGAGCGAUAGCAGGUAUGGGUGGAGGUGGUCUGCAAUCCGUUGGGAGUACUAUCUUCUCAGAUCUGGUCCCUGUGUCUCACCGAGGACUAUUUCAAGGUUACGGAAAUAUCGUCUUUGGACUUGGGACGGGUCUCGGUGCUCCCUUGGGAGGUUUCAUCAAUGACGCGCUUGGUUGGCGAUGGGCUUUCUUCGUCCAAUUACCCAUUAUGCUCACUGCCAUCUUCUUGAUCUUCUGGAAAGUCAGAUACAAGAUUCAAACUGACGAAGAACCCUCCAAAGGUGAAACUUCACGUGAAAAGAUAGCUCGGGUCGAUUUUCUCGGUUCUCUCACCCUUGCCGGAUUUGUCGGUGCGGCAUUAGUAGCUGUCUCACUCCCUACUUCCUCAACUGAAGAUUUCUACAAAUGGACCGACCCUCUCGUUCUAGGAUUAUUCGCAACCAGUUUUGUGUUGUUGAUCUGCUUCAUAUUCGUCGAAAAAAAGGCUGCAGAACCGGUACUUCCUCUGGAACUCCUGACUUCUCGUACACCUAUAUCUGUCGCUAUCAACAACUUUCUACUUUCCAUAAUCGCUUUCUCGGUGAUUUACUCAGUCCCAUUAUACUUCACUGCCGUUAUCCUCAUGUCACCAACAUCGGCGGGUCAACAUUUGAUACCGAAUUCUUUCUGCGCUGCAUCGUCGAGUUUGAUAGUGGGAAUGGUGGUGAAACGUACACAUCGGUAUUAUUGGUUAACCUUUUCCCUUGGUAUUUUGGGUGUAUUGGGGAGUAUAUCACUGGCUUCUUGGAAAGAUCAAGUUCCAGAAUGGAUGUUGUGGAUUAACGUCGCACCUCUUACUUUCGCUGCUGGUGGUGUAUCCACCGCAACGAUAGUGGCCUUGAUUGCAGAUGUAGGAAGGGAGAAUGUGGCUAUAGCGACAAGUUUGUCCUACGUAUUCCGAACAACCGGUCAAGUCUUAGGCGUAGCCUUGAGCGGCGCCCUCACACAGUCCAUCUUGACUAAAGAACUCAACUCUCGUAUCACUGGUCCUGACGCAUCCGAACUUAUUAAACACAUACGUCAAUCGUCUCAAUCCGUACGAGAUCUCCCACCAAAUCUACAAAUCAUCGCACAGCAAUCUUACGCAUCGGGGUUACACGCAGUGUUCGUGACUACCAUUGUGACGUCUGUGCUGGCCGUGAUAGUUGCUUUGGGGAUGAGGGAGGUCAAAAUGGAUGGGCUGCCCAAGAAUCAGGAUCAGGAAGGAGAGGAGGUUUGA